UUAAUAUUUCUAUGAAAUAGACAUAUAUUGUUACUUUUUCACCUCUCACUGUUUCAAAACGUGAAAAAUAGAUAUUUCAUAACACGAAAUGCAAAACUGUAACAUAAAAUAAGUCCAAAUUACCCAAAAUAGAUGCGUAAUAUUUAAAUUAGCAGCUCAUCUCUAGUUCUGAUAGCGUUUAAGAUUAUGGUCCAGGCGUAUACGCUGAAUAGUUAUACAAAACAAUGUAAUCAUGAUUGUGCUGAUUAUCUCCAAUCGGAUAAAAUAAAAUAAAACGGAACACUGUCCUAUAGUUUAGUAUAAUAAUAUCAUGGCUUGUGUAGACUUAAACAGUGCAGUUUGUGAUGCAUUUUCGGUACCUCACGACACUAAAUUUAACUUUACCCUGAAAAAAUGCAUUAAUGAUGUCGAAACUUUAGUACUAGAUAUUACCAAUAACGACAAAACUCAAAAUCAAUAUCUUGCUGUACCUGGGGCAGACAUUCUAGAAGAAAAUUUCAACCACAAGGUAGAAAAUAACCUAGUUAUACAUCCAAUUUUUACUUUCCGUCACACUGAUAAUAAAAACUACACUGUUUUUGAUAUGGAAAAACUGAAAUCACACGUUGCGGUAGAGAAGAAUAAUUACGAACACUUAAAUAUUAUUUUGAAGAGUUUAGCUGAGUACCAAGCUCAUGCAUUGAGUACUCAAAGUAAGCCUCUGAAGAAAGUUACUGUUGAUUUAGAAGAAUUGUUUGCCAGAAUCACUUUAUUGUUAGAGAAGUUCAAAGACAUUGAUAGAAGCGAACUGGAUGGAAUAAAAACCAGACUUCAGGCUUGCCUAAACAAGUUCCUCGAUAGUGAUUUAGUGGUAAGAAGUGUUGGAUGUCCUUCAGGAAAGAAUGUGUUCCUGGAUUUAAGAAAAAGACAGGCAGUUUUUUUAAAUAAAUCCAAAGAGUGCCUUGUACCUCCAGUAUAUGACGCUUUGUUAUAUAUUUUGGCAUUUACCGACGAAAAUUUUAGACAACUAAUUUUUUUUAAACUACUUGGAAUAUAUUUUGAUUCUCUGGUAAGCUCUCUUGAACAACUAACAAACAUUUCUUCAUCUAAAAUUACUCAAGCCUACAGAGCCACAACGGUAAGAAUAUUGUUACCUAUUGUAAAAUUUCAAAUAGCUACAACUUCGGAUUUAGCUGAAGAGCUAGCUUCCAAUAUUCUAAGAUUUUUGAAGUAUUCAUUUAUAAAUCAAGAAGAUAUUUACGAAAUACUGGAAAAUAGGUUAAAUUCUAAGGCAUAUGAACUCAUAGAUUACGAAAUGAUAAAUUUAAACAAGAAAACGGGCCAUCUUGGACAAUAUUUCGAUUUGAAAAUUAAAUUCGCUAUUGAUGGGGACAUCACCGAUUUGACCUUGUUCGCUAAAGUUUUAGUUCCAUUAACCGAGUUUUUGUCGGAAGCAGUCGAAGAAGUCGGGGAAAAUGAAGAUUUUUUCUAUACUACAUUGAUACCGUUGUAUAGAGAACAUGGAUUGGAGAGAUUGUUGAGUUUUGCUCCACGCUGUUACUUGAGUAGACCAAAAUGGAUGUUAGUUUUGGAUAACACAAAUGACCAGGGUUUUGAGACAAUACAAUUAAACAAGAAUUUAAAUAAUGAUGGUUUACGAGCUAUACUAUCAAAUCUGGCAAAGUUUGUAGCAGCUACAUUAAUCGUAGAAGAAAACUUAUCAAGAGCUGAAGGGAAACCAGUACGAAUAGAUGAUUUAUAUCCAGAACAAUUCAUAGAGCGCAUGUUUAUAGACGACAAAGAUAAUAAAUUCGCAAAACUCAUAAGCAAUACCAAGGUAGCUCUGUUAUAUUUAAUUGAACUAAUACCGGAAGUAACCGAUACCUUCAACUUAUCUCAAGAAGAAAUUAGAAGAACAGUGGAUGAAAUGUUCCAGAUUAUGUAUACGAAAAUUCUAAAAUCUCCAAAAUUUAGAAAUGCAAUUAUCCAUGGCGAUAUGCAUCUAGGGAAUAUGAUGUUCCAGCACAAUAAAGAAGGUUUGAUAACUGAAAGUAUCCUGGUUGACUUUCAAGGAAUGCGCUACAUACCUCCGGCGUUUGAAGUUCUGCAUUUUAUUAACGCAAACUCAACCAGAAACACUAGGUUAAAAUACAAAGAUCAGCUUAUAGAAGAAUAUUACGAAAACGUGGCUAGAUAUUUAGCAGAAUUUGGACAUGAUCCAGAAGAGGUAUUUCCAAGAGAAUCGUUUAGUGAAAGUCUUAAGUAUUUGCGAUCAGCUGGUCUAAUAAUGGAAUUAUUCUACGGCUAUUUAAUGAAAAUGGAUCCUGAAAAAAGAGAAGAGGUGUUCCUUGAUCAAGAAAAGUUCACAUAUUAUUGCAUAGAAAAUAUAAAAGCACUUAUAGACUACGUAUGGGAAGACGAUAAUUAUAGGACGAAUAUGCAAGAUAUAGUUCAAGAUAUAUUAGAAUAUAUUACAGAUCAAAAUCAGUAAUCAAUAAAUUGGUAAUUGCAGAGUCGAAUCGAAUGAGCCUGUGAUUUUAAACCAUUUUUUUUCUAAACCAUUCCUGUUUGUAUCUGUUAAUUUAUUAAAUAUUUUAAAUAUACUCGUAGUUAUAUCAGUA